CCCACGAACUUCGAAUAAAACCGUUGGGAGUGUGGAGGGAGAAAGCAGAGAGAAAACGUGAAAUGAAAGAUUUUGGGAACUGAUUCCCACCCAAGAAGAAGAAGAUGUUGCAAUGGUUGAAGCAGCUCAAAACUGCAUUUGGGGUGGCGUUUCUGUGGCUCAUUUGCUUGAUUUACUUCACUCAGGGUUUCAGAUCCUUUGUCUGGACAGCAGUUUCAUACCAGCUGAAGGAUAGACUUGAAUUGUCUCCAUCAGCCUCUCAGUUUAUAUCUUCAGUAGCAUUUUUCCCAUGGAGCAUAAAACCUCUAUAUGGGAUUUUGUCUGAUUGUAUCCCAAUUAAAGGGAGGAAAAGGAUUCCAUACUUGGUGAUUUCAACUGUGAUGUCUCUUGUGCCAUGGCUUAUGCUAGGCUUAAAUGCAACCACAAGGAGUACCAUAUGGCACCUCACCAUCUUACUGACACUGCAAAACCUGGGUUCAGCCAUGGCAGAUGUUGUGGUUGAUGCAAUGAUUGCUGAGGCAACAAGAUUUGAGCGGGCAUCAUUUGCUGGAGAUCUACAGUCAACAUCUUGGUUAGCUAUGGCUCUUGGUGGAAUAUGUGGAAGUUUGCUAGGAGGAUAUGCAUUAACCAACUUAGAGAUAGACAGAAUUUUUCUUCUUUUUACCUUACUUCCAGUCAUACAGUUGUUAUCAUGUGGCUUGGUUGAAGAUCAUUCUCUAGGCAGCACAUCUUCUUUGCCUUGUUUUCCUAAUUCCAGUGACUUGCAUCUAAUGAAUGGCAAAAGUGCUAAUGUGGAUGAAGAUAGUCUCCUAGCAAAGAAAUCCAACGUUACUACUUUGAGAAGAAAGAGGAGCCUGAAGAAAAGCGAAAGGAGUGUGGUGGUAAGUGGUAAACCUGAGAUUCCUGAGAAAGAAAAGCCCUUGGCUUUGCAAUGGUUCCAGUCUCUGAAAAUGGCCACUUAUAGUCUCUGCCGUGCUUUCAGACAGCCAAUCAUUUUGAGACCUAUGGCUUGGUUUUUCAUGGCAAAUGUCACUGUUCCAAACCUUUCUACUGCCAUGUUCUAUUACCAGACAGAGUUCUUGAACUUGGAAGCCUCUUUCUUGGGAACAGCAGGUGUUAUUGGAUGGUUAGGCCUCAUGCUUGGAACCUUCAUCUACAAUCAGCAUUUAAAGGCCAUAAAGUUACGAAGAAUUCUAAUGAUUUCUCAAAUUGGUUUGGCUAUCUCAAGUCUCUUAGAUAUCGUUUUAGUGUCUAGAAGUAAUGUUGCCUUCAGAAUAUCAGAUAAGACUAUGGUGCUAUUUGGAUCUGCGCUUUCUGAUGCCAUCAAUCAAUUCAAGUUCAUGCCAUUCCUGAUCUUAUCUGGACAGUUAUGCCCACCAGGAAUUGAGGGAACUCUAUUCGCCCUCUUUAUGUCAAUAAACAACUUUGGAUCCACCAUAGGAUCAUUUGUAGGCGGUUGGUUAGCCUCCUUUUUGAACAUCUCUUCAGGAUCAUUUGACAACCUCCUAUUAGGCAUUGCUGUUCGAGUGUUCUGCACUUUCAUCCCAGUUGCACUCCUAUUUUUAAUACCCAAGGAUGCCACUGGAUUUGCAGCAGCGUAGCCAUCCAUCAACUUCUGCAAACACAUACUAUAGAACAGCUCUGCUAGACCCUGCAACUGAGCUCUGGAUGAAAAUUCUUCCAUUAAAGCAUCAAACCAGCUGAAAAUCAAUUAGAGAAACACAUAAUCGCAGAAACCAGCUAGAAGCUUUUCCUUUAGCAUACUACUCAUCAUAGCAUGUAAAAACAAUAUACAGUGUUUUUUUUUUUUCAAAUGGCCAAACAAGGAUGAUAUAGGUUAGUGUAUACAGAUUAAUCUGAUGUUUGCAAUAUCUUUGUAAAAACAGAAAGAUCAAUUAUGAUGGAAGAAUGUUUUUGU